AUGGAUGAAAAUAACGAUUCGCGUUGGAUAGCUCCAAGAAAAACUCAAAAAGGACGCGAUAUAAAUUCCAUUCAUCUGAAAUCACACUUAGUACAUGAUGCAGUAAUUGAUGGUGUACAAACGUUUCGAGUAGAAACAGAUUCAAUUUGGACACAACUCAUGGAUAUUCAAAUACUUUUAAGUCCAUUGAGCCGAUUCAAAUCUAAAGAGAAUCCAUUUCUCAGCAUUACUCGGAAGAAACGUUAUGAUUUUUCAAGUCUGCCAGAUUUCUGUUACUGUGAACCGAUCAAACUGAUUUGUCCUCCAGGUCCUCCUGGACCUGUAGGAAAACCAGGAUUCGAUGGAAGACCCGGACCACGUGGACCACCUGGCAAGGACAACGCGGUUACAUAUCAACCAAUUAUUUGUCGCCCUGCCUAUACGGCUUGUAUUAAAUGCCCUGCUGGACCACCAGGACCACGAGGAGCAAAUGGACUUGCUGGUUUGCCUGGACCAAAUGGAUUAAAAGGAAAACCAGGAAGAAUCGGAUCUACAGGGCGAGUAGGACCACGUGGACCUAUAGGGAAUGAAGGAAUCACAGGGGCAAAAGGAAAACCCGGUAUUCCAGGUCUUCCCGGACGCAAUGGGAAGAAAGGAAAAGGAAAAGCAGGAAAAAAAGGAUUACCUGGUCAGAGAGGCAGGCAAGGAGAAGCUGGUUUGAGUGGAAUACCAGGUAAUGAUGGAAAAAUGGGUAAGAUCGGCCCUAGAGGUCCAGUUGGUGCGCGUGGAAGACCUGGAGGUGUUGGUAGGCCAGGAAUCGCUGGUAAUGCAGGCUUACCGGGAAACGAUGCUGCUUAUUGUGCUUGCCCACCUCGUUCUACUAUAUUCGUAAGCAGCUAUAACAACUAA